UAGAAACAAAUAUUUGCCUGUCAAACUAUUCUAUUGAUUUUCGUACCAUUUACAAGUCUAAUGAUAGAAAUUGUAAAUUGUAUUUUAUAAUUAUCAUUUAGCCGAACCUGAUAAACUCGCAUUAAAUAAUUACUUAUAUAUAAUUAAUAUAAAUUAUUUAUAAUAGAAAAUGCUUCGCCGUGUAUUCAGACAUGAUGUGCUAUCGAGAUUGGAGCGACCGUUGCCGGUCCUAUAUGUGCCGCAUCGCAGAAAAUCAAAAGGCUUGAAGUUGGAAGACAAAGUAGUCGUGAUCACAGGGGCUGGCGUGGGCAUCGGCGCAGCUACCGCCAUCGCAUAUUCUUAUGAAGGCUCCAAAAUAGUUCUAGCCGAUUUAAAAGAAAAAGAAGAAGAUCUUAAAAAGAUACAAGGGAUUUGCGAAGACAACUGUGCCAAAACGCUGGUUGUUAAAACGGACGUGUCAAAUGAAGACAAUUUAUGUUGCUUGGUAGAGAAGACUAUCGACAAAUUCGGCAGAAUAGAUGUCCUUGUCAACAAUGCCGGUAUACUAACAUUUGGCUCUCUGAUCAAGGGAGAUCUAAUGCCACAGUACGACAGAGUGUUAGCUAUUAAUCUACGAGCCUGCGUCAUGCUUACUAUGCUGUAUGCGAAAUACCUCGUAAAGUCCAAAGGCAAUGUGAUCAACAUAUCCAGUAUUCUAGGAAAAACGUACGCAGGCAACUCAAAGUAUAUGCCGUAUUGUAUAGCUAAGGCCGGUCUCGACCACUUCAUGUUCGGCGCGGCUUUAGAAUUCGCGCCUCAUGGCGUGAGAGUGAACAAUGUUUGCCCAGGACCAACGAAAACGGAAAUAUUCGAAAAAGCUGGUGUGAAAGGAGAUUGGAAAGCGAUCGCUAAUUCUUUCAAACUGGGACAGAUGUCGGAGCCUUCGGAAGUGGCAGAUCUGAUCGUGUAUUUGUCGAGUUACAAAGCGAGAAGUAUAACAGGUAUCAGGGUAUAUAUUGAUAGAGGCCAUUUACUUAUGGGUUGAUUAUUUAUAUUGCCAUUUUAGGGGUAUAGUUCGCGUCAUGUUUUGGCGAAACCACCUCUUCUUUAAGGUUGGUUUUCUCUACCAUCUGCUGGACAAAGGCUGCUUGUAUAGUCUUUCAUAGUGUUCUUAUGUUAGAGGUGGUUCCACCACGGUCAUGACGUUAGUUAAACCAGUAUUCUUUCAUAUCAAGUUGUGGAAUUUAACUACAUAGUCACUGCGGUUAAUCCGGUUCGGCAAAUGAUGUAUUUUGUUACAAUUGCUAUUGCAUUGUUUAUGUUUGCUAUGUUAACUGUAUUCUUUUAUGACUAUAGUUUUAUUUUGUAUGCUAUUUUUGCCUUUAAAUUAAAGGUUAUUUAAAUAA